GAGGGGAGGGCAAGGGUCACGCCAGGGCCUAAGGCCUUACUGCCGCCGCCGCCGUGCCCGAGUCAGUCCGUGGUCAGGAUCCCAGGCAGACGCACCGAGCCCCACAGCAACCCAGCCGCCAUGUCCUACAAAGUCGUUUUCGUUCUGGCGGCACUCUGCCUCGCGCAGGUGAUUGCCCGCCCGGAGGCCGCCGAGCCCGUCAAGUUCGACGAGAUUGUCGCCAAGACACAGAAUGCCAUCAACACCAUGGCCGUCGAGGUGCAGAAGGCCCUCGGCGUCAAGGAGCUCCCCGAGCCCCAGAAGGUGGCCGACUCCAUCAUCCAGGGUGGCAAGGACCUGGCCAAGCAGAUCAGCGACAUCGUGACUGAGAUCUCCUCCAAGCCCGACCUCAACUCGGCCGUCUCCGCCAUCACCAAGAGGAUCAACACCACCGUGGAGGACCUCCAGAAGCAGGUGCCCACCGUGCAGGCCAAGGCCAGCGAGCUCCAGAAGACCCUCCAGACCAGCAUGCAGACGCUCGUCACCGAGACUCAGAAGCUGGCUGAAAACCUUGGCCCCGUCCAGGCCGAUAUGAAGAAGAGCCUGGAGUCCGUCAUGGAUCAGGUGUCCAAGGCCGCCGUCGAGGUCCAGAAGAAGGUCAAGGAGGCCAUCGACGCCCCCGUUGCGAACGUCUGAGCAAAAUGCAGAGGCCCAGGCUUAUCUACAUUUCAAUCUUGUUCCUAUCAUAACUACAGUUAAAACAGUACCUUUCCCAUUUUUCUCUCAUACACCACACACCUCACAUCCUUCAUCGUUAAUAAUAUUAUUAUGUUUGUAAUUGGGUGCUCGAGACCCUCGGACCUACUUUCCUCAUUCUUAUAAGCUAUUUAAUUAUCUGCGUAUGAACUACACGACCAUGAGGAGGGAAGCAGAUCUGUAAUAGAAUGACUACUUCGUCAAAUAAAUUAUCUGCCACCAACAUC